AUUUAUUGAUUUAAUUAUUUACGUUCCGCGUGGAUUCCGCGGGCAUGCCGGUCUUGGCUGUUGUUAGCUCGCCAUGUUUUAUGGCGUCAGGUUUCCCCGCCUUGAGUUGGAGAGCUGCCCAUGUUUGGUGCUGGCUCUGGGGUUGGGUGGAAUAGCUGUCACCUGUGCCAGGCCCUGGUCUCGGGCGUUGCUGGAUGUGUUGCCGAGUGCCAGGUAUCGGGCGAGAGGGUGGGUUUGUUCAUUUGCUGCCUGCGUGGCUCCAAUCCGCAGCUCGGUAUGAAGUUGCUCUUUCUCGCCUCCCUCCGUCUUCCGACUGGGAACAGGACGACAGCUCAAAGAAUAAGCAAAUAUAUACAAAGUAGUGGCCACAUAUGUAUUCUGAGAGAUAUUGCCGAAUUUAAAUCACCCUCGCAAGUUUCCGACUUAAUUAAUGAACAGAAGUUUGAAGCAGUAAUGACAAUCCAUCUCUACAAAGGAGGAAAAUUACUGUUAGGCAGUAAUGUUCCAUAUGGAGUUAUAUUUGGUGGAACAGACAUCAAUGAAGAUAUCCAAGAUGAAAAGAAGCAUGAGGUCAUGGAGACUGUCCUGCAGAAAUCUAGGUUUCUGGUGGCUUUCACAGACCAAUUGAAGAAAACAGCAGAGAUGCAUUGGCCAUUCGCUAGCAGUAAGAUUCAUGUGCAGCCUCAAGCCAUUGUAACAAAGCCUUCCACAAAAUUUAACUGGGAAGAAUUUCUUCAAAGUUCAGGGAUUCAUUGUAAGAAUAUUGAAGCAUACGUAUUUCUUUUGGUGUGCGGACUUCGGCGAGUUAAAGAUCCCCUCUUUUUGGUGGAUGCUUUUUCAGCUUGGCAUAAGAAAGAUCCAAGGGUUUAUUUAAUUAUUAUUGGACCAGAGGUUGAUGUGGCAUUCACACAGCAGGUGAAAGCCAAGGUCAAAAAUGCUUCUGGGAUCUGUCUAGUUUCAGAGAAACCCCAGGAAGAAUUGCAUGCUGCCAUGAGGAAUUCUUUUGCUGUUGUAAAUAGUUCUAUCUCUGAAGGAAUGUCUUCUGCAAUUCUAGAGGCGAUGGACCUUAAUGUUCCAGUACUGGCAAGAAAUAUACCUGGAAACAUAGCAAUAGUAAAACACGAACACACGGGACUUCUCUUCUUUGAUCCGUCGGAAUUUAUUGAAUUAUCAAAAAGAUUGAUCACCGAUACUCAUUUAAAAGAAAAUAUUGUGGUGAAAGCCAAAGAAUACGUGGAGAAAUACCAUUCCUGGGAUACAGAAAAGAAGACUUAUCAGAAGCUAAUUGAAAACCUGCUUUAGAUAGCAACAGUCAAGUUUGAAACUUGGAUAUAAUUGAUUAGAACAUUUUAUAAAAAGAGUUGUGUUUUUAAAUGGAAUGGGGAUUGAGAGUGGCUUUUAAAAGGGAAUAUAAAACCAUUUCCUGUGUGUUAACUGUCAGUCAAGUCAUUUUGAUUAAGCUUUAGCUUGUGUGUCCUGUUGGUGUUAAAUUGUCUACUGUUGCUUUUUUUCCCUUGUUUCUGUAAUUCCUGACUUUAAAUGAAGCCAUGUCAGUGGAAUAUUCUUUUACAUGAAGCACGUCAAGAAAGUCUCAACUUGCUGGUGCUUGCUUUAACAGUGUUUUAUUUUUCCAGUGGUCUGCACAGCUCUGUGGUUUCUUCAACUAACAAUUGCAACAGAUUUUGUACUUUUGAAGUCCAUUAUCAGUGUUAUUAAUUUGUGGCUGAACAAUUAAUUUCUGUUUGCUUAGUUUAAUGAGAGGGAGGAGGAAAGAAAACCCAUUGUUUUUAAAUUCAAUUAUUAAACUUUUUUAUGCAGUCUUGAUGACCAUAAUCCUACUAUGUUAAGACAGCAUGAAAUUCUGCUUUGCUGCUGAUCAAAUCAAAACAAUUAGUACAAUUAGAUUAAAACAAGCUGUUAAUUUAGUGAGCUACUGAAUAACAUAUCACUACUAAUCAUAAUGUUGCAUUAUCUGGCAGUAGUCUUCUGAUAAUGAAGUUCAUCCCUUAAACUCUUUAUUUUCUUUCAGUAAAUCUCAUUCUAGUUUAUGGUUAUGAAUUUCACUUUAGUACUCAUGUCAAAAUCUACUCUAACAUUUGGAAAGAGCAAAAAGAUUGAAUGCAGACAGGAAACACUGUAAACCAACUGGCCAGUUAGCAUUUUUAAAGAGAAACAGCUGGGCCUGAAGAGCAGUUUUACCCAAAAUACUGACAUUUUAUCCACUUAACAUUUGUUGACUGAACUAGAGGUUGAAUUUUUGGUCCAGUAUUUGCAACUGUUUUGUGAUCAAAAUGUUCACUUGAGGCCUUUUUUUUUGACAUCUAUGAAUUGUCCCUUACUCCUCCUUCCUUAAUGGUUCAUGUUUAUUCUGAUAACUGCACAAAUUAAAUUUCCUUAUACUUAUAAUUCAAUAGUAUGUUGUUAUUGUGAAUGUUACUUGAAGUGAGUCACGCAGCCAAGACAUCUGAUUUCUUAUUGUUUCAGUAUUAUCAUAGUAAAUAAAAUCAUCAGUUAUUUCUGAGCAUGCCUGAUCUCUUUAAAAGCAAUAGUAAGCCCUCAAAAUAAUUAUUUAAACACACCUUUAUCAAUUGAAAUUUAGCCCCUUUUACUAGCCUUCAAUCAUUCACUUGCAGAUCUACUUCCUAACCAUAUGGUAUUUCAACGCUGAGAAGUUAACAUAUUGCAUUAACAGGCUUGAAAAGAACCUUUAUAAGUUCCAGCUCAGAUCUGGCUGCAAAAUUUGAAAUGGCACAGAUCCGCAAAGUUAAAUUUGAAAUAUUUGAGGUCCAGAGUAGAUGUUGGUGUUCACCUUGCAUAUAAACCUGGAAGCUCAGUAUUAGUAUGAGCAGUUGAAAGCCAAAUUAUGUGGAAUCAUGUGGGCUAUGGUUUUUGCAUUCAAAGUGUAGGAUACACUUCAAUUCUGCAUUUAUUGAGACCACUAUCUCAUCCUUUUGUCUUUGUGUUGAUUUUCAUUAUCAAAAAACUACAAUAAUUUUCCAGUAAUUUGAUUAUAACAUUGCUAAUUCUAAAAUGCCAUUCUGCAUGAUAGAAUAUUUGGAUGGUAACACUUGAUGUUUACACCAUUUUUAUAUAAUUUGUAAACUGCUGUUUAUUGAACAGCUGACUUGAUGUAAUCUUGAUUUUAUGUUCAACUUACAUUAUUAGCAUUCAGAAAUUCAACAUUAAUGAUAUCUGCCAUUUGAAUGGUAGAAGUAUUUUUAAAAUGUUUUACAAAAUACAGAAAUGAUCCCAUAACAUUACUGUAUGCAUUGUAGAAAAACUCUCUUAUUCCUUUUUUUGCUCUCUACGUUAGAUGAAGAAAAAAGUAAUUCAAACUGUUGCCUUUGUCAAACAUUUGAAGUAACAAGGUAAGAUUAGAUUCUUUGAUACACAUUUUAGCAAAAGGCUUACCAGCCAUUCUGGAUAGAGUGUUGAGUGUUCAUGUUCAACAAAGUAACUUGAGAGACUGUAAUAUUUCUGUUUGCUAAGGAUUGAAUAGGGGGAUGUAAAGAUGUAAUGUGUACUGAAACACGAUGGCUUUCACAAUACAAAUUUGCAUUUGGUUUUCCAGAUAAGAUAAAAUAAUAUGCUUUUAUUUUUA